AUGGUCAGCACUUACGCCAACGUCUGCCGCGAGGCCACUCGCAGCAAGCCUAUCAGAAGAACUUACACAGUUCGAGGCCACCCGGUCACAUUCGAGCACUACGCCUCUCUUGAGCUCGAGAAGCAGAAAGCAGCCGAAAUUGCAGCGUUCCUGCUUGAGGAGGAGGAGAAGGCGGCUAAAGCCCGCCUCGCCGUAAUCGUGCCUUUCCGCCGCUUCUUCGAAUUUCCCUACGAGAUUCACCAGAACGUUGCUGUUCCCGAAGUUCACGGUCGCUGUCUUCUUGCCUGGCGGACUGCGCGGACGGCACACCUGAGGAGUGUCAUGCAGUCUCGCCCAUCCGCAUGUAGCUACUACACCCUAACAUGCGAGUAUGACAAAAUGGGCCGCGGCCGCCGAGGGAAUAAUGCCCGAAAUGCUCUCUGCCAUCAGCAAGACCUGGUACAGAGACUGUCGGCAUUAAUGGUUCAAGUUGAGCACAUUGCACCGGGCUUGACAGAUGAAGUACGGCUUGCGCAGGCUGAUGCCCGCGUCAUCUCCAAGUACUUCAGCGAGACCAUGCCCACCAAGCUGUACAACGAGCGACGACCACCACAUGCAACGGAUGUCGCAGCUCGAGCUUUCGCAAUCCCUGAGAUUCUGGAGAUGAUCUUGUCCGAGCUCAACCGCAGUGAGCUGCUCAGAUCACAAUUAGUCACCCAGCAAUUCAGAGAUACUAUCAACCUGUCGCCUACUUUGGGACCUGUUCUCAAGCCUCCGAAGAUCAAGGUCAAGAAGAAGAAUGCACCACGAAUUAACAUCGAAGGACACAUUGAUGGUGUCAAGUGGCGACGUCGAUGCCGCCUCUGCAGACCGCUGAGACAUGAGCGCCACUCUCGCUGUCAUCCACACUGCGCCAAAGAAGUCUGGGCCCAAUUCCAAGAUUGCGACAAGCUGGUACCGAUGCGCUGCAGAAGCCUUCAGAUUUGUGAACCUCCCCAUCUAUGA